AUGUCUCAACAACACAGCUUGACAGAGUACAAGGUCAUUGACCCCAGCAAUGGCAAGCAUCUCAAGACAUUUCCUACUGCAACCGAUGAACAGAUUUCUGCUGCCAUCGAUAAGGCGCAUAAUGCCUACACCAAAGUCUGGAAAUCCACCCCGGUACACGAGCGGACAAAGAUUCUCCGCAAAGUGGCCGAUUUGAUCCGCCAGAACAAGAAGGAAAUGGUCGAAAUUGCUGUUACCGAAAUGGGCAAGGCGAUUGCACAAAUGGAGGGGGAGGUCGACUACAUUUGCGACAUCCUCGAGUAUUACGCCGAGAAUGCCGAAGGGUUUUUGAAGUCUGUUCCUUGCCCCGGCGUCCCUGGCGCUGAGGUUGUCUCAGAGUCUGUUGGUGUGAUUCUGGCUAUUGAGCCAUGGAACUUUCCCUACUAUCAGGUCAUCCGUGUUGUGGCUCCUCAGCUGGCUGCUGGUAAUGCAGCCCUUGUCAAGCCAGCCAACUGUGUGGCAGAGUCCGCCCUGUACUUGGAGAAGCUCUUCCUCCAGGCUGGAGCCCCUGCUGGGGUGUUCCAGGUCAUCCUCGCCACUAUCCCUCAAAUCGAGACCCUCAUCGACGACUUCCGCGUUCGAGGAGUGACUUUGACGGGCAGUGAAAGGGCUGGAAAGGCCGUUGCGGAACGAGCUGGUCGCAACCUAAAGAAGGUCGUUCUGGAACUCGGUGGUUCAGACCCUUUUAUCGUCCUCGAGGACGCGGAUCUCGACGAGGCCGUCCAGAUCGCAUUCGAUGGCAGAAUGGAUAACAUGGGCCAAGUCUGCGUAGCUCUGAAGCGUCAUAUCAUCGUCGGCCGUGAGCGAGGCGACAAGUUUAAGGAGGCUUUCGUCAAGCUUAUCAAGAACAUGAAGAUUGGUGACCCUAGGGACAGGUCUACCUCUGUCGGACCCCUCUUCGCUGAAGCCGGCGUAGUCAACAUUCUGCGCCAAAUCGAAGAGGCAAAGGCUGCCGGUGCGAAGGUUGUGGUUGGUGGAAAGAGAAUCGACCGUCCUGGUGCUUACGUUGAACCCACGCUCAUCACCGAUAUCUCGAGAGAGAAUCCGCUCUUCCUUCAAGAGACGUUUGGACCUGUGGCCUCUUUGUACGUUGUCGACACCGAAGAGGAGGCUAUCGAGCUGGCCAAUGCAACCCCAUAUGGUUUGGGCGGUGCUGUUGCCUCUACCAACAUUGAACACGCCAAGAAAGUUGCUGCGCAGAUUGAGACUGGCAUGGUAUUCAUCAACUCCCACAUGAACGCCACCGCCGCUACUCCAUUCGGAGGUGUCAAGAACUCGGGCUUUGGCAGAGAACUGGCAGAUCUUGGAUUCAACGAGUUUGUUAACAAGAAGAUGAUUCGUGUGCAUGAGAAGUAUUUGUAA